AUGGUGCCCCUGCUGCUGCUGCCCCUGCUGUGGGGGGGGUCCCUGCAGGAGGCACCAGACUUUGAGCUCCAAGUGCAAGAAUCAGUGACAGUGCAGGAGGGUCUGUGUGUCCACGUGUCCUGCUCCUUCUGGUACCCGACGGGUUUUCAGGGUUCCUCUAACAAACUCUACACCUACUGGUACCGGUAUGAGGACAGGCCAUACUAUGGUUAUCCUGUGGCCACAAGCAACCCCCAAGAAACAGUGAAGAGAGAGACCAAGGACCGAUUCCUCCUCGGGAACCCCUGGGACAAGAACUGUUCCCUGACCAUCAGAGACGCCAGGAGGAGUGACACAGGAACCUACAUCUUCCGAAUGGAGAGAGGAUAUAGAAGAUAUACUUACCAAGAUAAGCUGCUGAAUUUGCAAGUGACAGCCCUGACAGAGAAGCCCCACAUCCACUUUCUGGAGCCUCUGGAGCGUGGCCGCCCCACUCAGCUGACCUGCAGCCUGCCAGGGUCCUGCAAAGGGGGAAGACCUCUCACCUUCUCCUGGGCGGGAGCCGCUGUUGACUCGCUGAACCCCCAGACCCUCAGCUCCUCAGUGGUCACCUUCACCCCAAGGUUCCGGGACCAUGGCACCAGCCUCACUUGCCUUGUCAAACGCGAAUGGUCUAGGUUGAUCACACAGAGAACCAUCCAGUUAAAUGUCUCCUAUGCCCCUCGGAACCUCACCAUGGGACGCUCCUUCAGAAAUGUCACAGCCUUUGAGAUUCUGCAAACCACAUCCCUUUCCAUCCUGGAGGGCGAGGCUUUGCAUCUGCGCUGUGUGGCUGACAGCAACCCCCCUGCACAGCUGAGCUGGUUCCAGGGGUCCCCAGCCCUGAACGCCACCCCCAUCUCCAGCACUGAGAUCCUGGAGCUGCCUCGAGUGGGGACUGCAGAAGAAGGAGAGUUCACCUGCCAAGCUCAGAACAGGCUGGGCUCCCAAAAUGUCUCUCUCAGGCUCUCUGUGCUCUACCCCUCACAGCUGCUGGGACCCUCCUGCUCCUGGGACGNGUUGCCUCCUGAACUGACCACUACAGGGGAUGGGGCCCUCAACCUAGGAGAUUAA